AUGAUUUAAAAGAAACAGAAAGCACUUCAAACAAUUGUGAAUUACAGAAAUGGUUCAUAAAUAAGAUUCUAAUAAAGUCCUUCAAUGAAGAAACUUGAAAAAUCAUCUAAUCAUAGCAAUUUUUCUUUAAGAAUAAAAACAUGUUAAAAUUAUGUUUAAUAAGACAGAAUAAAGUAUUUCCCCAAAAGCUAUAUAAAAAACUUCUGAGACACAGAUGGGUGAUUUACAAAAUAAAACUAGUAUUCAAAUAAUCUUUUCUCAUGAAGAAAAGCUUCAUAAUUUCUUAUUUCCUUAUGAGUAUUAUAAAAUUUAAUAUAACAAUAGAGCCACUACAGAUCAAUUAUUGCAAUAAGCUCGUAAAAUAGUUCCAACAAUAAGUGCAUUAAUAACUACUAAUUAAAAUUUAGCCGUCGAUUAUUAUCUUCAAUUACCUAAUUAAAAGUUAUGUGUAUUUUAAGGGCGUAUAAUAACUGUUUAAGGAGUUAUAGGAUUAUUAGGAUUGAAAUCUAAAACUGGAUUACGAGAUUUUAUAUUUAUAAAAUGUAUAGGAGUAGGUGGAUUUUCAAGAGUGUAUUUAGUAAAGAAGAAAUAAUCUGGUCGAUUUUCUGCAAUGAAAAUAAUAGACAAGAAAAUAAUAAUUGAGAAAAAAAUAGAAAGUACAUAAUACAUUAUAUAGAUAUAAUUGAGAAUGAACGCAACAUUCUAGCUGUCAUUUAACAUCCUUUUCUUAAUAAAUUAGAAUAUGCUUUAGAAUGUCCUAAUAAUUUGAUUUUUAUAACAGAAUUUUGUGCAGGAGGAGAUUUACUAUACUANUAAAAUAAAAAAAUAGAUAAAUAAAAUUUAUAACUAUUCAAUACAAAUAAAUGUAAUUUAAUUAAUUCUUAACUAAAAAAUUGGCAAAUAUCUUUUGAAUAGGAUCACAUAAUUAGUUUUUUCAAAAAAGGUUUAUGGAUAUUAAAUAAAUGGGAACUAUAUAAAAUAAAAUUAGACUAAACCUACAGAUAUAUUUUAUUAUAAAUUCAAUGA